ACACAGGCACAAUAUAAUAUGUAGGCUGCUUGCUCUGAUAAUGGCUCAUAAACUCAUGUUUUCUAAACCACUGGCUUAUUGAAUAAGCCUGUGGUAUUCAGUUAAAUCAACCAACUACAGCUGCAAAGAUUAGUCAAAUUCCAAGCAAAUAUGCUAAAUAGUCAGCGGCUGCAGCUUCUCCCAUGUGAGGAUUUGAUGCUUGACUCCAGAUGUGGAACCUGGAGGAGUCUGACCGCUCUGCGCUGCCUGCCUGCCGGCUACACCGCCUUCAGGACCGCCGCUACAUAUAUCCAGGGCCAGAGCCCCGAGCCUCGCAUCCGAGAAUACUUCUACUAUAUUGACCACCAGGGACAGCUGUUCCUGGAUGACACUAAAGUGAAGAACUUUGUCACGUGCUUCAAAGAUAAGCAGUUCCUGGUCUUCUUCUUCAGUCGUCUGCGUUUAAAUCAGAGCGGGCGUUACCAGGAGGACUUCCCCUUCGUGUCCCUGUGUGGCAGAGAGAGGAACUUCAUGCGCUGCGAUGACCGACCUGUGGUCUUCACCCACCUGCUGCAGAGCCCCGCAGGGCCGCAGGGCAUCAUGGGAGACCAGGAGCUGCUGUCGUACUGCGGCGGGGCGGAGAAGCUGACUGUCCCCUUCCGUCCGGAGGCGAUUUACAUGCAUCCUGCCAGCGGACGAGUGUACCACCCCUGCUCAGAGCGCACAGGCAGCAUCGGCCUGGUCCGAUCGGCUCUGGCCAUCGAGCUCAGCCCGUUCUUUGUUUACGCUCCGGAGCAGGGCCAAUCAGGACAGCCUACACACUUCCUGUGGGGAGGGAAGCAACACAAACUGACCAAUGAGCUCGCAGGAAGCUUCCCCAUAGCAGAGGAGGGCAGCGGGCAGGAAGGAGAAGUCGGAUAAUGUCCCCAACAGGUUAAAAAUGCACCUUAAUCAUUGAAUUUUCAUCCUGACGGCAGGAAAAUACACUACUGAUGCUUGUGAUCACAGUGUGAUUGCUACUGAUUGAAACCUGGGCCAGCGUGUCCUUGAGUCACAUGACUUGUGAGAAGUGGAUUUGUCAUAUUUAACAUUUGAUGCAGACUGUUGGACUGGAUAUCAGUGGCUAAAUCUGUUGUUCCCAACCUUGUUUUAGCCUGAGACCUCUCAAACAAAGCUUUUUCUCUUUACAUUCCCUUCAUUUGAAUCAUCUUUAAGGUCCUGAAGAGAUUAAACUAUUCAGCAUGUCACAAGAAAAAAAAGCAAAGAUUAGAUACAAAUCUGCAGAAAUAAACACACUGUAAUUGUGUGUAGAAGGAAUGUGUCUUUCUUUUCUUUCCUAUUUUGUUUAUCAUGUGAAAACAUGUUAGAUUUCUGAUGCAGGGUUGGGAACUACUGAUGUAGAGCCUGAAAGAUGUUCUUUUAUAUUAAAAUGUGUUUUCUGUUUCUUCACAUUUAAAGACAAAAAUCAGAAACAUGAAAAUAUGUCAGAGCAGAGCAGUGUUCAUGUGAUUGUACAUCAAAAUACAAAAGCACUUAGAAUAAUACAUUAAAUACAGAAACGUUAUUUAUGAUAACAGCUACAGUGGCUACAGGUAAGAUAGAUCAGCUAGUGCAAGAAGUAGCAGUUAUGAAAUGUUAAUAUGUUGUGAAUAAGAACAGGAAUGUUUCUGGUAACUGAAAUAUCCGUCUUGAAUAAAUGAGAUACUCUGAA